AGAUUUAAAGUCGCAGGCGCCCAUUGGAGGAGGUGUCCCCAGUGGAGUGCUAAGCUAACAAGCUAACAGGCUAACACGCGGCCUGGGAAACAUCUGUGAAUCUCCUUCUUCCGCCCUCACCUGGCCACUGAAGCCCGCCGGCUCGAGCUCCCGCGGUCCGGUGCAGACGCCGCUCUCCGUCCCUCGCCCUAGGCGCGGAUGGGAACUCGUUUUCAAGAGGUAACCAGCCAGCGGUCCGGUUAAUAAAAAUGGAGGAUGAUGAGGUUGCAGAGAGCUGGGAAGAGGCAGCGGACAGCGGGGAAAUAGAGAGAAGGCUUGAAGCUAAACUGAAAAUAAAUCAGGAAGCAAAGAAGUCCAGCUUGGGCUCAAGUGUUUCACUUGUGCAAACUGCAAUGGUUAUUCAAGAUGACUCUCUGCCGGCAGCACCCCCCCCACAAAUCAGAAUCUUAAAGCGUCCUACAAAUAACGGUGCCGUUGCAGCGUCCUCAUCCCGUCCCUCCCAGCAGAUGAAGUCUUUGGCCCAGAGGGAGGCAGAAUAUGCAGAAGCCAGGAAAAGGAUUUUAGGUAGUGCUUCUUCAGAUGAAAUGCCUCAGGAUAAUCCAUGCCACGACAGGCCAGCUCGUUUGACUGCGCAGCAACCAUCAGAACCAGUUCCUCCACACAAUCAAGUGGUCCGCCAGCCCACUGGCCCAGAUGGCACCUCAGGCUUUCGACUCUGCAGAUAAACUGAAGCUACCUGCUGCAAGGAAACGUCUGUCUCUCUGAGAGGCUGCAAAGGGUGUGGUAUGAAGAGCAGAGUGGUGGAACGACAUAAAAUUUGACAGAUGUUACAAAUAUGAAGACGUAGCAUGGAUUGUGACGAACUUCUCCACCCUCUCUCUACUCUGCUUACAGGCAUGGUCUUUGCCUUUCACCUUGUCUUUUCCCUCUGUGGAACAUUGCAAGGGGCUGGCAGAGAUCAGCCAAAGAUCCGAAACCUCCUAUGUUCCACGCUGAACAGGUUUUUGCCUCACAUCCCUACACACUGUGAUACUUCGAUGUACCAUGAGGUGCCCUAUGAUUUUAGGUCUGAUCGGCCGGCAGAGUGCCAGGGCAUCAGGCAUCUGUCUCUUCAGGGAUAAUAAAGAGAGCUUGUGAAUCUAUGGGAAUUCCCUGGAGACAUGAAAAUGAACGAGCUGGCCGUGUCACUGGUGGAUUGUGGAUCAUGGCUGGGUGUCCACUGGGAAGCUUGAUUCAGUGAAAAUUAAGUGCUUCACAGUGCCGAGGGUUUGCUGUGUGUUCAGCACCUUGAGUACGAGUUGACAGAAAUUCGUAAUGAUUCAGCUUUUUGCGUAAAAGUGCUCUGUGCUCAAAAGUGUGUUUCAAUACUGUAGUGGCCCAGACCAGCACUUUCCACAAUCCACAGGCCUGUCUUUGGCACUGGUGGCUAUUAAAGAAAUGCCCAGUGGGCUCACAGCCUGUGGCCAAAGAUUAUACAUCAGAAGGACAGAGUGUCACUAAAUCUAAGCUUGUUCAAGCAAUAAUAUUCCUGAAAUUUUUCCCUAGAUUAUUACUUUUUGUUUGUUUUUACAUAUUGACAAAUUGCCUGUGCUGUUUUUUUUUUGUUUUAAUCAGUUUACAUUGUUUGGUUAGUUUGCAUUUUUUUCCUGAGUAAUAGUAGGAUUAAAUCAGGACAUCCAUAGUGUGUAACAGAAUAGAUGAUGUAGCCUGUGUAGGAAACCUCGCUGGUGGUAUCAUUAUUAAAGUCGUCAAAUUGGGAAAAAGUCAGACCUAUCCCUGUAUUGAAAUCUUAAGUGGUUAUGCAUCAGUGUCCCUGUUUGUGUUGCCUCACUGAUUCAAAUUGGUUAUAGCCUUUUUUCCUACUCUUUCUACAGAUGUUAGAUCUUAAAAUCAACUGCAAUUCAUCUGUUUAGCAAAGAAGACUUGAGGCUUAUUUUUCACAGGUGGCAGUUUACUGACAAAUUGUUAUCUUGGCUGACAGUUGUUCAGAAACAAACAACUUAAAUACUCAACAAGGAGGAAGAUGACAUAAACUCCCAAUAAUCCUCCUUCAAUCAGGGUCAGAGAAAUGUGUGAUUUAAAUUAUGAAAAUUAUACAAACAUACAUCUUUUAAUCUGUCUCCUCCAGAAUGAAUCCAUAUUCCACUGCCUGGUUUUACUGAAUGUUUUUCUGUGACCUGUGUUUUUUGUACACACCAGGGUUUUACAACAUUGUCUGCAUGUUUGCAACCAAUUGAAGAAAAGUUUGCAAACCAUGAAUUCAAUAAUGCAAUCAAAUAAUGAGUUAUUAAGAUGUUCACUGUAUGAACUUGCAGUUCAUUUUAGAACCUUUUGAUACUUUGCCUUAAAUAACAGUUACCCUGGAUACACUUUUCAAUUGUUGGUGCUAGUUAAUCUUUCUUUUUAUGCACACAUGAUAAGGUAAUUAUUCUGUGAAAUCCAAUGUAAUUGAGGUGAAGUUUAAAGCUGCACCAAGCUAUAGUUUUAGAUUCAUACAAAACCACUUUGUCCAAAUAUUUUCUGGUGAAUUCAUUGUUUAACAUCUUGCUUUUGUGAGCAAAUGUGCUAUGGAUCAAAUAAGAAAGUAAAGUUGGCAGAAUGUUGGAUCUCAGUAUUUAUGUUAUGAGAUGACAUCCAUUGUCCGGAUGAGUGACAUGCAAGGUUGUUACUGAUGUCUAUGGAUGCCCAUAAUAACUUUGACCAGGGAUCUGGUUCAAUUGCUGAAAAACAAGAAUUUGUAAUAAUUUCAAAUUGAGAAAGUAAAGAAAAUGUUAUCCUGUA